AUGGCCAUGGCGAGUAACAUUGGUGGCAUUCUGAAGGGUCUAAAGACUCAGGCGAAGCAGGAGAUUAAUAAAUUGACCGCUCCACGUCAAUCGCGACCGGCUUCAACAUACGGGCAACAGGCGCCACAACAGAAUCAGUCAGUUCAACAACAAGCGUCUGUGUAUGGAGGUACCCAGAAUCAACAGAACCCGCAGCUGCAGUAUCAACAACUCCCAGCUCCACAGCAGGGACUGCCACAACACCAAGCUCAACAACAGUAUGCAACUCACCAAGGGCAAUCUCAAUUCAUACCUGGCCAGCAAUAUGCAGCUGUCACACAACAUCCCCAGCAGCAAUAUCAGACGCCGCAGUCGCCCCAACCACAAGUCCAGUAUCAGCAAUAUCAGCCACAGCCAUUGUCUCAGGUGCCCGCAACGUCACCUCAACCUCAAGCGCAAGCUCAACAUCAGUAUCAAAACCAAACCAUGCAAUAUGUAUCUUCAACUCCAGUUCCUACACCUAUGUCCUAUCAAACUCCAAAUCCACAGGUGCAGAACCAUCGGUUCUCAGUGACCCCAACUCCUGCUCCAACCACUUCGCCGUAUAGCCAGCCGUAUACUCCCGCACCAGUUGCGCAAUAUUCCCCAGUAAACUCGAUCCUACAGGUCCAAAGUGGACCUCAAGCUCAAGUUCAAAGUCCCCAGUUACAAGGACAGUAUCAUAAUUCGUUACCCUCAACUCCCGGUCAAGUUACAUCACCUUACAACCAAGCAUACGCCCCCGUAACGGUAGCUCAGUACUCUCCGGUAUCUUCUACACCACAAGCUCAACAUAGAAGACAGUCCCAAAUAAUGGUUCAAUCUCAACAGCAAGUUCAAUCACCUGUCCAUCCUGGUCAAGCUUACCAAAACGCUACGCCACCUCCGAUGGUGUCUGCUCAAUAUCAGCAACAAUCUCAGCAAUCACCUGUCGGUUCUCUAGCUCGUAUGUCUCUGCAAUCCCCUUCACCAGUACAGGUGCAGCAACAUUCGACGCCUCCACAGAAUUAUCAGCCUCUACCUCCAAGCGGUCCUCCACCUGCUCAUUUAGUACAGGACCCACCACCACCAUCACAUCACAUCUACCAAGCUCAAGUCGCUCAAUCGCAACGGCCACCGUCUAUGAUCCAGGGGUCACCUAAUCCUACCCCUCAGGGAAUGUAUGCUCCUCAAGCCACAGCUCAACCACAGGGUCACGCUCAAUAUGUUACUGCUUCACCUCAAACUCUCUAUCAAGUUCAGUCCCAUCCUCAACCGCCUCAAUCUCCGGCGCCUCAGCCUCAAGCCCAUCAGACUUCUGUUCAAAAUAAUCAACCUCUCUUGAACCAAGCCUCUCAGCCACAGUACGGUGCUCAAGGAUACACUUACGCAGGAUCCCCUGCUCAAACACCAGCUCCUGGUCAAUUACCACAGCAAUAUGUACAGCAAACUGGUUCUAUGUCUCCGACAGCAUCAUUGCAUCGAAAUUCAAUACCUGCUCCGUCACAAACGCCACCUUCAGCACCUGCUGUUCAAACUCAGCAAUACUCGUCACAGGCAACCGCCCGAUAUAGCCCUCAAGCAAGUAGUUCAUCGCAGUCACAAUUUCAAAGUCAAAUGCGGAACUCUAUCAGGCGCAAACCUCAUCCGGCGACGCAGCCAAAUAUUUCCCCACAGAGCCAAAAGUCGGCUCACAUUUCUCCUCAAAUUCAGACCAUUCCUGAGUCGACUUCCCAUGUUCCACCUGAAGCUCACUUGACGGGGCCACUAAGUGAUCCAUCUCCGUAUGCUUUUUCUAGCGAAUUCGAUCCUGUGGAGCUCGAAGAUCGAUCGCAAACCUGGAAACCAAAUGUUGUGGUAGCCAAGGAGAGUGAUACGCCUACUAUGCAAAAAGAGCCUCCGCCCAUUGAAGCGCCGUUGAUCGAGAGCAAUGUCAAGAGUAUUGAAACUGUAUCACCAAAGCCAAUCCAUCCCCCACCGCAAUAUGAACCUUCUCCUGCGCCUCAACAGUCUCAGACCUCGAAUGAGGUACCAACCACCGAAAUUCUAGUAGCAGCCAUCACUCAAAGCAAUAUGGCAUCUGCAGAACAACCAAAAACCCAUGCUACACCAGUCCUAAAUACAGAAACAACCGAUUCUAACACAAUUGCACUCACCCCUUUCCCAGCUACUGAAGCUUCCACAAAUAUUCAAACUGCACCACAGGUUCAUGAAGCUAUCAGAUUCAUCCCUCAUGAUCAACUAUCGGACGAAAAACUACCCGUUGAGGUAGAGGACUACGGAAAGCCUAAACCUCUAUAUCAGCCAUAUACACCAGUCAUGGAAACCGCACCGAAAGCAGAGGACGUAGCAAAAACGACACGGUCGAACACGGUCACAAGCGAAGGCAAGCUACAAUAUCAACCUUAUUCUCCGCAGCCAGAGCCAGAGCUACAGACUCAGGCGCCGGAGUCAUACUUUCCUCCCACCAAUGAAGUACGUACGCCUGCCAACUCCUCCUCUCCCCAAUUUCAAGACCAAAGCGGUGCCGUAAUUUCUGUCAACCAGCCGACUCCUGCGCAAGCCAUCCCACAAUCGGCGCUGCCAAAUUCUGUGCCAACGCAUUUAUCCCCAAGUCAGCUGCAACGCAAUCUUUACACAUCAAGCGAAGUGUCCAGGCAACCUGUUCCACCACCCGCACCAUGUCCAGAACACUUGAGAAACCAACCCCCUCCUCCAGACUCUUACUUCCAUGCUCUAGAAGCUUCCAUGUAUAGCACGCCAAUGGAACAGCCUCAAGCUAGUCAACCCAUUAUACACCAAGGAAUGAAAUGGGCGUGUCCUCUCGGUGCCAAGAAGUCAGUACUUACAAAGUACAAUAAAUUCUACGUCCCAAAGCAUACUCUCGUUCCCCGGUCUGAUCCACAAAUCCAAGAACUUGAAGCGUCGAUCUGUGAAUCGUGCUUUAUGCUACACAUCUCGCAAAAUCCAAGUCUCUCGCUAAGCUUUGAGCCCUUCAUCUCGCCGGAUGCAACUCCAGAAGGUAGUCUUACAGCUACCAUUCCUACCUCGCGAGCAACUUGCCAGUUUGGGGUAUUUCCUGCUCUCAAGAACACUUUCUACGGAGCCUGCUUGCCACAAGCAAGUCUGCAACCUUUAAUGGAUGCAAUCAAACAACUCGGUUCGCUGCCUCUAUGUCCCGGUAAUGAAGUCGUCGAAGGAGGAGAAUUCUACACCUCUAUUGCUAUUCCUCACAGCUCUUUCUGCACACAAUGUUUCGAAGCGAAUAUCAAGCCAUCGCCAUUUGCGCCUCAUUUCACUAUGAAGCUAAACGGUCCAGAUCAGCCUUGGCGGUGCGAUAACGGCCAGGAUCCAGGCUUUACAAACCGGCUCCUUACCGCUCAUCUCAUCAGUCCAUCUUCAGAUUUCCAAACAUUCUCACAUGAGCUUAAAAAGGCUCUUGCAGUCUCACCUUGUCAAGGAGGAGACAAGCCGAUGACAGUAGGUGCCGAUAAUAAAAUUCAUGCUUUCGGUAUUCAAGAACUUGACGGACUUGUUUGUCCCUCGUGCUUCUAUGACCGCGUAAAGCUCACACCCUUAGAAAACGCCUUUAUUCCCAAAACCUUCGAUGCCGGCACGCCAAAUAUAACUUGUGACUUAGCCUCAGGAAUCUCGCGUUUCUUGUUCAUGAUAGCUCUGGAAGCCAAGGACAUGAAGCUUUGGCACACGGGACUAUUGACAUUCAAUCGUAUCCCACGCUGCGAAGGAAUAAAAGGCGUUGAAGAAGAAAUCAUCCAAACCCAAGCCGCAACAUCAGAGGCAGACGCAACUUGGUACAGUAUUACCGACUAUCCCAAUAUCGAGGCCUGUCCUUGUUGUUAUCACUCCGUCAUAAAACCUCUCGGUGGUUCCCACCUCUUUACACCUAUAACUCGACCCUUCCGCAUAGGCGUUGUCAGAACCUGCAAUUUCUCUGUUGGCGCGGGCGGUAUCACAUCCUCCAACCCAGCCGACUUCCCUUACACGCUCUACUUCCGGGGCUUCAUCCUACGACACCUCCUCGAAAUCGGCUGGGAAAGUAAGAAAGGCGACUAUGCACCUUUCCUAUCCCUCGCAAAAGAAAUCAGUUCCUGUGCUCCCCCAUGCGGAAGCAACGUCCGUGGCUUCAAACGCCCGAAUGGUCGUCGCUGGUACGGUCAUGUCGCUACCGACGCCGCGAACGAGAAUGAAUGCACCAUUGUCAUGUGUCAAGAAUGCUACGAGUCUCACGUCCGCGAUACUAACCUCGCUGCAGCGUUAGGACGUGAUCUCACCGAAGAAGUCUACGCAGGCGAUCCAAUGAAUCAGAAAGAAGCGUUCUGCGGCCCGUUUUCGAAGAAGAGUAAGCAGGUGUUGGAGGAGGCGAGGGAGAAGAAUGAUUGGACGAUCUUUGCGAGACAUUGGAAUUUGAGACAGAAGGUUAGGGAUAGUACGUUGCCGCUUAUUAAGGCUUUGCAAGCGGAGUUUGCGAUGGGGAAUAUGAUGAAGAUGAGUGCGAUGCAAAGUGCUAUGAUGAUACAAGGUGGUGCUAGUAUUUCUGAAGCUGCUGGAACAGAUGGAUUAGAUCAUGGAAAUUCGGCUGUCGGUUAUGGCUUCGAGUCGUCGGCUGGCGUGGAUGCCGCGAUGGCGAGACGAAAUGCUGAUAACAUGAAAUGGGGCGAUGCAUCGCAUGUUAUGAAGAUUGCCAUGUUGGAAGCGCAGUGGAAGGAAGUAGAGUAA